CGAUUGGUGGUCAGUGACUAACUUGCAGAAGUGGAGCACAUCGUGCCGGGGUUCGCGCGCGGCAGGUGGGCAGCAGUAACGACUGGGACCCCAGUAACGACGGGGACGCCGGAAACUGCACGGUUCUCAUUCACUCCCCCGUGCUGGGCGAGGAAGUCGGCGCUGACCCCAUGUCACAGGGAGGAAACUGAGGCACCGGAUUUAAGAACCCUUGCUUCCCGCGUCAGUAGUGGCGCUGGGCUUGAACCCGGCUUGUUUAUUCGACCACCCUGGCUUGGGAGCAGCGGUUCUGAGCCACUUCGCUGAAAGGGGAGGGACAGGCUCUCCUGGUCAGCAGCGCCACUUGACCUCCUGAUCCUCAGUUCUUCCCCAUUUUCUCUCUCAAUUGUCAAGCCCUCCAGGCACGGCUCUUCCCCAUUUCUAGGGUCUCUUCCCCAUUUCUAGGUUCUCUUCCCCGUCUGUAAAAUGGAAGCAUGAGGGAGGUGGUGCUAGUCCUGGCUGUGCCCCUGAGCCACCUCUGCAGCCUCUGACUCAGAUGGCUGGACCUGCUGUCUGGGAGGGGGAGCGCCCUGAGUGAGGCCCCUGACUACACUCUGAGUUCCCUAGUUUCUGAAUCUCAUGAUCACAAGGUGUCAGAUGUAUCUGCAAGGGUCAGGUGGAGCUGGGACACUUUGUGCUAUAAAAAAUAAAUAUUUAGUCUUUGUCCCCAGUUCCUGGCACACAGCUCCUAAAACCCCUGGAAUAUUGGGAGUGAUAAGAGUCUUUUAGAUGCUAAUAAGAUGACUGGAGGCUGGGGGCGUCUGGAUAGCUGCUUCAGGAUGGAGGCUGGUCCCCAGAAAGUCCAGGGCAGGAUUAGAGGGUUGGAACUUUAACCCCAACCUCUGGGGAGUGGAGGGGGGCUGGUGAUUGAACCAAUCACCAAUGGCCAAUGAUGUAAUCAAUCAUGCCUACAUAAUGAAACAUCCAUCAAAAUGGUAAAUCACUUGGGGUUUGGAGAGCUUCCAAGCUGGUGAACACAUUGUGGCGCUGGGAGGGUGGCUCACCCAGAGAAGGCAUGGAAGCUCCUCGCCCUUUCCCCGUACCUUGCCAUCUGACUGUUCCUGCGUUGUAUCCUUUAUGAUAAACCGGUAACAGUCAGUCGAGUGCUUUCCCGAGUUCUGUGAGUUGUUAUAGCCAAUUAUGGAACCUGGGGAGGUGGGGCAGCUGGUGUUGUAUGAACCUCUGAAUUUAUAGCCGGUUGGUCAGAAGUGCCGGUGACAACCUGGGACUUGCAGCUGACAUCUGAAGUGGGGGCAGUCUUGUGGAACCUCGCCGUUAGCCUGUGGGGUCUGCACUGACUCCGGGAGUUUGUGUUGGAAUUGGGUUGAAUUGUUGGACACCCAGCUGGUGUCCGGAGAGCAGGAGAAUUGAUUGGUGUGAAAAAAGAAACAAAAACCCCACACAUUUGGUGUCAGAAGUGUUGUGUGAAUAAAAACAGUUCCCUCUUGCACCUAAUUUACCAGUGGCCUGCGGUGGCCAGAAUGUUCCAGGUGACUGGUUUGUGUCAUGACAGGCUCAGACUCCCUCUGUGCCCUAGGUGCACUUCUGCCUGAUGUGUGCUUUUUUCCCAACACUUCCGUGUUUGUGGCAGCCGGGAGACUGUGUCUCAGGGUCCUCCCGCCACAGGGAGCCUCACUGACCGAGGGCCCAGCUGCUGAAAUCCAUGGCUGCAUGGGCUCCGAGGCCAGGCUGCUUCCAGGCCCCCAACACCAGGGCAGGCCGCUCCUGGGAGCCCCGGGCCCCUCUGAUGGCCAACUUUGGCUCCAGGAUCCCCCGCAGCCUUGCCAAACCUUCCUUCACCUGCAUGGCAGUCUGUGAACAGCCACCCUUCCCCUCCCUCCCAGGGGGCAGGCCUGCGUGGGGUGCGAUGGCUCCCCCAGCAUCCUCUCCACUUUCUCCCAAACAGAUGAGGAUUCCCCUGAUAGAAUCCUUGCACAUUUACUCCCAUGUUGGUGUCUGCUGCUCCUCGGAGGAGCCAGACCAACAACGUUCCUUAUGAAAUAUUUGGAGCACAGAUUAGCAAAACGCAGGUCGUAACAGUCUUCCCACUGGGUGACCUAAGUGAGGCUCUGCAUGCAGCUGCUGUGACAGAGACCCAGACCACCGUGUUCCCUCAGCCGUGCGGCUUUCUCCUGCACCUAACCGCAGGGGCCAAGUCCUGGGGACCAGGCCUUUCUCCUGUGACUUUACCAUCCCUAGAGUGUUGCCCUCGGCUGCAGUGCCCGGGACUUCUCACCAGGCUGUAUCCACGUCCGGGUCAGCAGGAGAGGGACAGAGGAAAGGGGACAGUCCCCAUAAGGGCACUUCCACUUCCACCCCAUUAGCCAAAACUUAGUAACCUUGGCCACAGUCGUCAUACAGAAAUGGGGCUUACUCCGUCUACUGCCGUAACCUGCUGUUCCACGUGGUGUUGGUCUGUCAUGUGGGUCUUUUUGUGUCACUGAAUCACUUUGCAGACGUUCUAAGCAUGCUUCAUUUGUAACACGUAGAAGACUUCGCAGUGCACGGCAUUCUGCAACCCCUAUUUGGACUUUUCUCUCCUUUCCCUUUUUCCUCCCUCCUGGACGUCUGUCUAAACAGUGCUAAGAGCUCAUCCUGCCUGCCUGCCUGCGUCCUCCGCAGACCUCACCUCCGCCCUGGGCUCUGCCUGGCUGGCCACAAGUUCAGGCCUCCAGGACCUGUCCCCACUGCCCACAGGCACCGCGACCAUGGAUGGGAGGUGGCUACCCUGCUCCCGCCCGCUGGGGCUCUGCCUCCUUGUCUCCUUGGCCACUGCUGCCCUUCUGGGGCAUGUCCUGCUGCACAAUUUCACGAUGGUCCCCCGAGAGCUUCGCGGCUUCUCCCAAGUACCCAAGGAGAUUUACCGAGCUCGCCAGCAGGGAACCAGCGGCCCAGGGUCCCGGCCCACCCCGGGGCGCCACGGCAGUCCCAGAGCAGCGCCCACACAGUGUGACACGCCCCCCAACAGCCGCUUCGACUGUGCCCCAGACGAGGCCAUCACCCAGGAGCAGUGUGAGGCCCGGGGCUGCUGCUAUGUGCCUGCAAGGCAGUGGCCUCGGGGCUCCCAGAUGGGGCAGCCCUGGUGCUUCUUCCCACCCAGCUACCCGAGUUACAAGCUGGAGAACCUGACCACCACAGAGACGGGCUACACGGCCACCCUAACUCGAGCCACCCCAACCUUCUUCCCCAAGGACAUCCUGACCUUACGGCUGGACGUGCUGGUGGAGACAGAGGGCCGACUCCACUUCACGAUCAAAGAUCCCGCCAACAGGCGCUAUGAGGUGCCUUUGGAGACCCCCCGUGUCCGCGGCCAGGCACCAUCCACUCUCUACAGCGUGGAGUUCUCGGAGGAGCCCUUCGGGGUGGUCGUGCGUCGGAAGCUGGACGGACGGGUGCUGCUGAACACGACGGUGGCACCCCUGUUCUUCGCCGACCAGUUUCUGCAGCUGUCCACCUCCCUGCCGUCCCAGUACAUCACCGGCCUCGCCGAGCACCUCGGCCCCCUGAUGCUCAGCACCAACUGGACCAAGAUCACCCUCUGGAACCGGGACAUCGCCCCCAUGCCCUCUACGAACCUGUACGGGUCCCACCCUUUCUACCUGGUGCUGGAGGAUGGCGGCUUGGCUCACGGGGUCUUCCUGCUGAGCAGCAAUGCCAUGGAUGUGGUCCUGCAGCCGAGCCCGGCCCUCAGCUGGAGGUCAACAGGUGGGAUCUUGGACAUGUACGUCUUCCUGGGCCCGGAGCCCAAGAGCGUGGUGCAGCAGUACCUGGAAGUCGUGGGCUACCCGUUCAUGCCGCCGUACUGGGGCCUGGGCUUCCACCUCUGCCGCUGGGGCUACUCCUCCACCGCCAUCACCCGCCAGGUGGUGGAGAACAUGACCAGGGCCCGCUUCCCCCUGGACGUGCAGUGGAACGACCUGGACUACAUGGACGCCAGGAGAGACUUCACUUUCAACAAGGAUGGCUUCGGGGACUUCCCAGCCAUGGUGCAGGAGCUCCACCAGGGCGGCCGGCGGUACAUGAUGCUCGUCGAUCCUGCCAUCAGCAGCUCCGGCCCGGCCGGGAGCUACCGACCCUACGAUGAGGGUCUGCGGAGGGGGGUUUUCAUCACCAACGAGACCGGGCAGCCGCUGAUUGGGAAGGUGUGGCCCGGGUCCACCGCCUUCCCCGACUUCACCAACCCUGAGGCUCUUGACUGGUGGCAGGACAUGGUGGCCGAGUUCCACGCCCAGGUGCCCUUUGACGGCAUGUGGAUUGACAUGAAUGAGCCAUCCAACUUUGUAAAGGGCUCAGUGGACGGUUGCCCCAACAGCGACCUGGAGAACCCGCCCUACGUCCCAGGGGUGGUUGGCGGGACCCUCCGGGCAGCCACCAUCUGUGCCUCCAGCCGCCAGUUCCUCUCCACGCACUACAACCUGCACAACCUGUACGGCCUGACCGAAGCCUUUGCCUCCCACAGGGCCCUGGUGAAGGCUCGGGGGGUGCGCCCCUUCGUGAUCUCCCGCUCAACCUUCGCUGGCCAUGGCCACUACGCCGGCCACUGGACAGGGGAUGUGUGGAGCAGCUGGGAGCAGCUCUCCUACUCUGUGCCAGAAAUCUUGCUCUUCAACCUGCUGGGGGUGCCCCUGGUCGGGGCCGACAUCUGUGGCUUCCUGGGCAACACCUCGGAGGAGCUGUGCGUGCGCUGGACCCAACUGGGGGCCUUCUACCCCUUCAUGCGGAACCACAACGACCUGAACAGCCUGCCUCAGGAGCCGUACAGCUUCAGCGAGACAGCACAGCAAGCCAUGAGGAAGGCCUUCGCCCUGCGCUACGUGCUGCUGCCCUACCUCUACACACUGUUCCACGGGGCCCACACCCGGGGCGAGACUGUGGCCCGGCCCCUCUUCCUGGAGUUCCCCGAGGACCCCCGCACCUGGACCGUGGACCGCCAGCUCCUGUGGGGGGAGGCCCUGCUCAUCACCCCGGUGCUCGAGGCCGGGAAGGUUGAAGUGACUGGCUACUUCCCUCCCGGCACAUGGUACAACCUGCAGACGGUACCAGUAGAGGCCCUUGGCGGCCUCCCGCCUCCAGCUCCUGGACCCCACACACCUGCCAUCCACAGCAGGGGGCAGUGGGUGACACUGCCAGCCCCACUGGACACCAUCAACCUCCACCUCCGGGCUGGGCACAUCAUCCCCCUGCAGGGCCCCGGCCUCACAACCACAGAGUCCCGAAAGCAGCCCAUGGGCCUGGUCGUGGCCCUGACCUCGAGUGGGGAGGCCCAGGGGGAGCUGUUCUGGGACGACGGAGAGAGCCUGGGAGUGCUGGAGCGUGGGGCCUACACACACAUCAUCUUCCUGGCCAGGAACAACACCAUCGUGAACGAGCUGCUGCAUGUGACCAGUGAGGGGGCCAGCCUGCAGCUAAAGAGGGUGAUUGUCCUAGGGGUGGCUGCGGCCCCCCAGCAGGUCCUCUCCAAUGGUGUUCCUGUCUCCAGCUUCACCUACAACCCCGACACCAAGAUCCUAGAUAUCCCUGUCUCACUAACAAUGGGAGAGCAGUUUCUCAUCAGUUGGUCGUAACCAGGGGCUGGUGGUGUGUUGACCCUUUACAGAAUGAUUUCCCAGAAGCCCCAGCACCUGUGUACUCUUAGUCAAGGCAGGUGGGCCUUGGGGUCAGAAGCGCUUACCCCAUGUUGCAUGGCCACAACUUCCCUAACACCCAGAUUUGCUUAUGUGUCUACCUCCUGGGCUCUGGGGCUCUGGGCCAGCGGCCAGCCUUUGACAGUUUUUCUCCCCAGAGCCCACAGUCGGGCCAGUGCCCUGAGGGUUGCCCUGUUAGGAACAUGAUACUGAUGGUUUGCCUCUCCGUCGUCCGUCACUACCUGUGAAGGCAGAGAAGGGGGUGCUUGGGAUGGGGAUGAUGUGCCUGCACCCCGAGGUCACACCACGGGAGGCUCUGCUGCUGCUCUAACUGGAUGAAAGGACGGAGUGGGGUGGCCAUCACAGACUGCUUUCUGGGCAGCUGCCCACCGACUACAGGUCGGGGCUGUCUGCCAGUCUGACAAGAGUGGGCCCCGGGGAAUUCGGAAUUCACAGGGCUUGGGGAAACUCUUAAUCUUAAGUGCAAUUAGUUUUAAUAAAAGGGGUAUUUGCAAUCAAGCUUCUGCUGGUCCUUCUAGGAUUCAGGGUAGGGAGGAGGUGUCCAAGGGCCAUGACAUGGGGCAGCCACUCCACCCUUGAUGGGCCCCUGGAUGUUCCCAGGGCGGGUGAGUGCCACACUGUGCACUCUCAAAGCAGCAGCCUCACAUCUCAUCACGUCACGUCCCAGCAUCACCUCACAUCCCAGCAUUACCCAUCCCUGAGGAGACAAGAGAACGUCCAGCUAGGCCUGGUGACAGAGAGGCAUAUGGUAGGAGAUAUGCCCCCCUCCCCUCUGGGGCUGUGUGGACAGAGCUGCCUCCCUGCCACACCUCUGUCCCCCAGGGAACCACCAAUUGGCAAACACUGGUCUGCUUUUGGUCAGUAUAGUUUACAUUUUCUAGAAUUGUAUAUAAAUGGAAUCAUACAGCAUGUCUUCUUUUUUUGUCUAAUAUUACCCGACAUAAUUAUUUUGAGAUUCAUCCAUGCUGGGUGUAUAGCAACACCUUGUUCUUUUUCAUUGCUAGUUUUCCAUUGUAUGGAUAUUCCACAAUUUGUUUAUCUACUUGUAAUGGACAUUAGGAUUGUUUUCAAUUUUGGCUCUUAUGAAUAAAGCUGCAAUCAGCAA